GUCCAUUUUGUGAGGAAUCUGGUGAUCCUUGUGCAUCUCAGCCAUGCCUGCAUGGGGGCAUAUGCCAAUAUAAUCGGUCUGGAUAUAUUUGUGGUUGUCCUGCUGGUUUUCUUGGUCACAGUUGUGAAAUUGAUAUCAAUGAAUGUUCUUCAAGGCCAUGUCAGAACAGAGGUACAUGUAUCGAUUUACCAAAUGAUGUGGCAUGUAUCUGCCUGCCAAUAUUCACUGGCAAGUUCUGUGAGAGAAUACUGAAUCCAUGUGAAUUGUUUCCUUGCUUAAAUAAUGCCACUUGUGUAGCUCAACAGCAGAACUAUAGCUGCCGCUGCAUGCCAGGAUUCACUGGAAAGAACUGUGAGGAAGUAAUUGACUACUGCAAGCUGCUCAGCAUCAACUGCCUGAAUGAAGGAUUGUGUCUUAAUAUAAUUGGAGGAUUCACUCUCUUUAAAAUUGUUGAAGAAGAUCCAUCAUGGACCAAGAUUCUUCUGGCCAUAGCUUGUCAAAAGAGAGGAACUAGUUUCCCCAACAGCAGUAAUCGGGAACAACUUAAAGAUUACUCUAAACAACCUUUUGUUCUGCAAAUAACACGAGAUGAUCACAGAAUAACAGAAUGA